AUGACUGCGAAGAAUCAAGUGGCCAAGAAAGCGUCCGUGGAAGACGAAAUGAGCUUUACUGUUUGUUGACCCCGCACGAGAAUCGUUCAAAGUUUAACAAAAUUUUAAGGUGGUUCCUGAUGUCGGAUUGAAGAACUCGCAACUGGAAUUCGUGCUCGGAAUGCCCAUCAACCAGUGCAUUUCAAUGAUGCAGCAACACCCGAGAAUGCUCACAAACGUGGAACUGAAAUACAGUAAAAAGGUUCACAUUUUACAAGAAAUUCUGGGGAAAAGCAGCCUAAGUUCCAGGAUCCGUGCUACCGGGACAUCGUCAUUUACAUCGGAUCGACGGGCAUCAAACUCUACUUCGACAGCGUCUCCCAACUGAUAAAACUAAUCGAAGUGGACGAUCUUUCAAAGAUCACCCUCACUUACAAGUUAAUCAUUUCGUUUCUAUCGCGUCUCAAAGAAUUCUGUUUCAGUGAUACCGUAUUCUCGGCUCCGUCGAACGAGGCGACGAUGGAGAGGGUAAAUGAGUUCUUCGGAUCCACCCAUCCCGGAUCUUACGACGACAAGCACAACAUCUACGUUCAGAGCUGGCCAGGACUCUCCUUCUGUUUCCCGGCUACCGGAGAGAACUUCAAUUUGGAAGUUCGGGUAAGCAGAAGGAAUUCUGCAUUUCUUCACGAUCUUCGUAAAUCCGUCUCUGAUUUCAGCCAGGAUUCGGACCGAACAUGCGGUCUCUGAAGUACGACGCCAAUUCGCAACCAAAGCUGACGAAGUUGUCGAUAUACCGAGGGCAGAAUCCGGCCGAGCCAGAGUAAGACAUCCCAAUGAUUAUCACUUCGACCCCAGCCCAUUUCAGACCGGUUGACACUCCAUUCUCGUGCUAUUGCGGACAAAACAGGACACGAAAAGUGGAGGCAAUCUGGGAAAAUGGAUCAAUUGUGGGACUGAGCAUUCAGUUUGACACUCAAAGUGAGCAAAUAUGAAAAUGACGAGGAAUAGCAUAGACGAGAGCGUUUCAGACGGAAGAAUCGUGGACGGAGAGUUCGAAGUGUCCACCUACACUCGCCAAAUAUUCUUUGGAGACUCCGUUUCAGAUGUUCAGUGUGAUCUAGGAGCACCUUCGAAAGUGUUCUAUAGAUCGGACGACAAAAUGAAGUGAGUUCUCAUCUCUUCUUUCCUUCGCAUCUCUAUUUGCCUCGUUCCCUUCAGAAUCCACCGUGGCCUGCACAAGGAGACUCUGUACGGACCGCCCAACUUCUUCUUCAACUACUUUUCGAUGGGAUUGGUGAGUCCCUUUGGUUCUUCCGGAAUGGGACAGAUACGAGCGGAUAAUGCACACGCAAUCGUUGUCCGCAUAUGA